AUGAGGAAGCGGCACGUUUUUGGUGUAAUUUUUAAUCGGUUUAGAAUAGUUUCUCGGUGCUUGCAACAUUCUUUCGUGACGAUGGAUAAAACGUUCAAAUUGAGUACCGGUUACAGCAUUCCACUGAUUGGUUUUGGCACCUUCCAAAUCCACGGUCAGGAGCUAAUUUACCAAGUGCUGGAUUAUGCUCUGGGCUCCGGCUACCGACACAUUGAUACUGCGAUCGUUUAUCGCAACGAAGAAUACAUUGGCAGUGCGCUGAAAACGUUGCUACCGAAGUACAAUUUGAAGCGUGAAGACAUCUUUAUCACUUCAAAGUUGAUUUCGCAAGCGGGAAAGGAUGAAGGAUUUGUGGAACAAAUGGUGCGAAAGUCGCUAGUCAACUUGCAAACCGAUUAUCUGGACCUGUAUCUUAUCCACUGGCCCGGUGUUAGCGGCAUGCAAGUAACCCAUCCGGAUAACGUAAAGUACCGGAAGGCAACCUGGAAUGCACUGUGCAAGAUGCAGCGUGAAGGAUGUCUCCGAUCGAUCGGUGUAUCAAACUAUACCGUGAAACAUUUGAAGGAGAUGAUGGCGGAUUGCAAUGGGAUCGUCCCAGCGGUUAAUCAGGUUGAGUGGCACCCGUAUUACUAUCAACCGGAAUUACUCGAAUUUUGCCGCAAACAGGGGAUCUUCCUGCAGGCAUACUCUUCUCUCGGAUCGUCCAAUACCAGCGAACUGAGAAACGACGUGACCGUAAAAUCUGUGGCUAGUGGUCUGCAGAAGACAAGCGCCCAAGUUUUAUUGCGUUGGGCAAUUCAGCAGGAUAUUGGGAUUCUCCCGAAAGCUCGCUCACGGGAACGUAUCGAGGAGAAUGUGGCACUGGAUUUUGAAAUACCGGUUAAAGAGAUGAAGCAGUUGAACGAGUUGCGGGACAGUGUUGGUCAUAAGUUUGCCUGGAAUCCGGAAACGGUCGUGUAG